GUUAAAAUCAUAUUCUGCGAAUUUAAAUGAAAGAUUUAUCAUUCUCAUUUUUAUAGAUUUUCGUUAAUAAGUACAAUAAAGUUUUAUUGGCUAUGUUAGAUUUUUUUAAAAUAAUUAUACAUUUUUUUUUAAAACGAACUGUAAACGUGAAGCGAACAAAGUUAUGGUUUAAAAUACCGUGUAUAAAGUUAAAACAUUAUAAUCAUUGUAAAAAUCGUAGUUGUAAAUUUCCGUACCUAUGUGAACUAAUUGUCCACAUGCGACAGUUUAUCACAUUGCAAAUUGUUCUUAAUCUAUGCUCCGUGCUGUUGGAUAAAAAUAUGAUAAAGAUAAGAUAACAGUUUUCGAUGGCAGUAAUAUUUAAAAUUUAAUUAAACUUUAUUUUAUUCUUAUAACUAAGUUAAUUUUUUUUAUUUACAUAUAAACAUGAUGUUUGUCCUUUCCUUGCUCUUUUAAUGAAACAAAAUAUAUAAAGUUACUCAUAACGUUAUAGAUAAUUUAUACGUAAUGCAAUUUGUUCGUUAUAUAUUAAAAUGUUCGAAAAACAAGUAAUAUUUUUUCCUACUACUUUAUUGGGAACAAGUAACAUUACAGUUGAAUUAUUUGGAUACACUAAGCUCAUACAAAAUGUCAAGUAUUAUUUCGUAUUACCACAUGAUAUGAAAAACAUAAACACAGAAUGUGAAGUUCAGACGAUUGGCCACUUUACAAAAACUAGUUGUCGGUGCUCAAAACAAGAAUUGUCAAAUAUUUUGUGUAUAACCGAAAAUAAUGGAUAUUUAAACGCUAGUUUAUUACCUGAGCAAUUUGAACAUUUUGUACUUGUAAUUUAUGACCCUUCAAGGUUAUAUGACUAUGGUACUUUAAUUGAGUAUGAAAAUGAUUCCCAAAAGUUCAUUUGUUUCACGAUGCUGUCAAAAUGGUUAUCUAAUACUAAUCAAAUUCAGAAUCACAAUCAAAAGUCAAAAACGAUAACGUUUCAAAGAUUUAUUAAAUAUUUAUUAAUUAUUCUUAAUGUACUCAUAAAUAUUUUUGAAAUAAAAUGUAUUCAGUUAACCAUUUUUCAACUGACAUUAUUUAAGCAUAUAUUAGGUGUGAUCAAAAAUUAUGUGUGGUUCUUAGAAAAUCUCACACAUAAAAAACGUAUUUUGUCAAAAGAAAAAGCAGUAAAUUAUUUAAUAGCAUGUAUUUGUGAUGCAAUUUUUGGAAUAACAGUUUUAUACCUUCUCAAUACCACAUUCAAAUCAUCAAAUGAACUAUUUUCAUAUAUUUCAAGUAUUUCACAUGUAAUUAAAUUUAACAUAUUUGAACUUAUUUAUUAUAUUAUAUUAAAUUAAAAGUAAUUAUUUUGAUUUACAGCAUGCAAUUAAAGUGCUUCAAGGUACAUUACAAUGGCUUAUGGGAAGUCCUGCUGGAUUAAAACUAAAUGAUCCUUUGAACAGUUUACUAGGGACAUGUUUUCUUUAUUUAGUCAAUCUUUGGUGGUCAUUUUUAAGUAAGUAUAUCUGUUUAUAUCAACUUAAGCAAAAAUAAAAAAAUGUAGUUUAAAUUAGGUAAAUUAGUUUUAAAACAUUAUUUUAUAUUUAAAAUUGUUACCGAUUGUUGAAAUUAAUUUUAUUAUGUGUACUUGCUCUAAAUGAAUAAUUAAAAUCCUUUGUAGAAAGAUUGGAAGAGUUUUUCUCUAGUUAAACAAUUGUAGAUUGUAUUAUUUAUAAAUAUAUAUAUAUAUAUAUAUAUAUAUAUAAUACUCACCUUAGUAUAAUUUAAAAUUAUAGAGAUAAAUUGAGUUUAAUUAAGAUUAAAUUAGAUAAAAAAUCUAGAAAUAUAUGUAAUAUAAAUUUUUUAUUAUAGUUAUAUGUCGUCCAUUUUUGGAGUUGACAUUUCAAGUUUAUGUGUUUAUUGGCAUAUUUGGAUUAUCUUAUCAAAUAGCAAUCUUAGAAGAUGUGUUAGCAGUUGUCAGUUUUCAUAUAUAUUGCAUUUAUGUAUAUGCAGCAUGGUGAGGUUAAUUAUUUUUUGUACCUUUAAAUAAUAACUAAAAGUAAAAAUUACAUUAUGAGUCUAAAAUUUAAUUUAAUUUAAUUUAAAUUAUCUUAUAUUAAUUUUGAUCAGAGCACAUAAAUGUUAAAAAGUUUGACUAGAAAACAAUUGUUUUUAUGGUGUAUAUAAAAUAUUAUCUUUUAAAUUGGAUAAAUUCUAGGAUUAUACUACAACAACCUGCACCACCAACCUAGGUCUACUAUCUAGGUCUAUUUCAUUUUAUUAUGCUUAUCUUUAAAUGGAUAUUUGGAAAUGCCAAUUCAAAUUUAUAUAAUGUGUAUAUUUUUAGUUAAUAAGUACAAAUACAAAACUUUUGUAUAUAGGAUAACAAUAAACAAUAAUAUAUCCAUGUAAUUCCUUUAUCAUUUCAAAAACAUUCUUUCUUUUAAAUAAUUUUAAGUCGUUAAAAAACAGAAAUGUCUAAAAAAAUAAAAAUGUUAAACCAUUGUAUAUGUAUACUUACUCUUAUUAAUUAAGAUUUUGUCCACAUAUAUACUCAUGAAUGCUCAUGUAUGCUCAUGAAAAAAAGAAGAGAUUUUUGUCUGUGGAGGUUAUGUUCUGGAUUCUUGUUCAGUACCAGUGCUAAAUUAAUCAAUGUUAAAUUUAUUAAUUUUCUAGUACCUACUUACAUUUUACUUACUUAAUUCAAUACCUAUUUAAAUGUUCUUGUUUUUUAAAUUUAUUAGAAACAUAUUAUAUUAAGUUUUAACUAAUUAAAUUGGUGAAUUACAUUACCUAACAUUUAUUUUUUAUUUUUACUCUAUUAUUGAAUUAAUAAUAUCAUCCCUUGUGAGUUAUAUAAAAAAAAAAAAAACAGAAUUUGACUAUCUUUAUAAUCUCUGGAGAUAUUCAAGAGAUAUAUCUUCUUAGGAUAGCCUAUAUAAUAUAUACAAUGUACACUACUUGUAUAUUAAAAUUUGUAGGUAUUAUUUGUCUUUAAUUAUUUAUUAUAAUUCUUUACAUUAUUAUUUUUUUACCAGCUAUAAUAAAAUAAAAAUCAAAUCAAAUAAUAAAAACUUUGCAUACAUUUAAUUUAAUUCUGUUAAUAAUUUUAUUAAAAUGGUAAUGACUUAAAAUUUUAAAAACUAAACUGUUCUUAAUUAGAGUUGAAUUCAAAAUAAAAGACCCAAAUAAUGUGUUCUUGUAAUCAUUACUGAUCUAUAGAGCAAAAUUUAGUGCAUUUCUUUUAAAAAUAUAUUAGAAAGUUCCUUUCAAAUGAUACUAAAAUCUAUGUUUUUUUACCUUGAUACAAUUUAAUAAUAAAUUUAGUGUAUAAAAUAUAAAAUUAAUAAUUCAUGUUCAAUAUUAUUAUUUAAAAGUGUAUUAAGAACUUUUUUUUAUACCUAAGUAAUUUAAUCAGUAAUAAUUAUAUUGAGAAUGAAUUUAUGAUAUAGGCUGCAUACACAAUAAUUAUAGGUUUGGCGAUUCUUUAAAACCAUAAAUUAUUUUAUUUUAAAUUUAUACCUAUACAAAAUAACAAAAUUCAUAGAUUUAUGGUUAAAAUUAUCUACCUUCAGUAAUGAUUGGUUGUGUAAUGUGUUGAAGACUGAGAGUUAAAUAUUUCAUAAUAUAAUAUGUAGGCACAAUUAAAAUAAUAUUAGAUAUAGAUAUAAUCAUUAAGUAGUAAAUCAACACUUAAACUAUAGACAUAGCUAACCAUUUAAUAACCAAAAUUUUGUUAAAUGAAUAAAGGGUAUGGAUAAAGUUAUCAUUAAAAACCAGAAUUAUAUUCACUAAAUGGUAUUAAAUAUGGUGCAAAUAAUAUGUAAAGUAUAAAUGACAAUAUAUGUAUAACUUUCAAGGUAUGCACUUAUGUGCAUUGAAAUAUUGUACAUCAAACAGUAAAUCAAUAAAUAAAUAAAUCAAUAUCAGUUUAAAAAAUAACCUAAUAAACACAUUGGCAUUAUGCGUAGGUACGUAAAUAAGCAUGUUCUCUGUCUUAAUCAACGUGUUUUGAGCAUUGUGUGUGUUAUUUUAUUUUAUUAAUUGUUGAAAGUGUGUCGUAAUUUUUUUAGAGCUAUUUUUGGGUGUCAGCAUACAAAUAAGGUUGAGAAUCACUGACCUCCAGAAUAAAAAUUAUUUAAAAAAAACCGUGCAAAAUUACAAUUUCUAUUAAUAACCCAAAGAUGGCUCAAAUGUUUUUGAAAAUUUUACUUCGGCUAGAAAAACAAAUAUUAGUUUUCUAAAACUUCAUGUCUAUACAUUUUUAACUGAAUUAACAAAAAAGUAAAAUUGAAAAUAAUAGAUUUUGUAAAUUUUCCAGUUUUUUCCUUGUUUUUCCCAAUUAUUAUCAAAACCCCUUCCCUUAGAAAAUCAAAAAAUGUAUAUACCUACUAUGCACCAACUAGAUCCAAAGUGCAACAAAAAAAUGUUUGUCAGUUUUUAAUUGGGACAAAAUUUCUGGCAGAAACGUUGCUUUCAGACACUAGAAAUUAAAUAAAUAAUAAUUUAUAAUUCAAAAAAUAAACAUACAUCAUAAUAAAACCAGUACACUCAUCUACAUUCCACUCAGAAUUUAAGAAUAAUGUGAUAUAGUAGUUUGUACUAGUAUUACUAUUUUACAUGUGUUAUAUUUAAUGGUUAAAAGGCUAUACAACUUGCAACGGAAGAGUCUAAUGAUAUUGGCGAAACUCUUCGUGGGCCGGAGUUGUAAUCCACAGCCGGGAAGAACUACACCUUACACCACACAGCAGCUGUACGUGGGCACUAUAUCAUUCGCGAUAUUGUUAUUCCUGCUGCCAACCACUCUGAUCUACUACAUCGUUUUUGUAGUUGUACGUAUAAUGUAAAAUUCCUACGCCUAUCUAUACUCAUUAUAAUCGUUGUAUGUUGUAAAUGGGUACUUAAUAGUUACCUCCUACAAACUUGUUCUUACCUAUCUUAUAUUUGUUGGAAUCGCAACGCAACAGUAUUGUAAUAGAGAUGCGCUUCGGAGUCCCUUUUUCGUUGAACAUUAUGCAUUUUUAUUGUAUAGAUGCGAACAAUAAUGGUCAUGGCUAGGGGCAUAUUGAUCAGACUGAGGUACGUGCUACAAGUGCUCCCCGUGUAUACGACGUUGAUAUGGCUGGUCAAGCCGAGCAGCUCCACAGGUCAGUGUACAUAAUAAUAAUAUGCUCCGAAAUUAUAAUCAAUAAUACUUCUACAUCUAUAACUCCUUAUUUUUUUUUUUUUCAAUAAGUAGUUGUACUUAGUAGUUGACGAACCUGUGUCAAAUUUUCGAUUGACCAAAAACAUUUUAUUUAUAUUAAUCGGGAAAUAAUACGCUAAAUGCCGUGGAUAUUACCUAUGUUUAUCAAAAUCUGAACUUUGUAUCUUUAUCAAAAAAAUCGCGAUAAAGAUUUUUAAUAUCUUUUGAAUCGGCAUAAGAACAACUUAUCAUGGGCCUUGUAAUUAAUUUUGGAGUAUUUUUGAGAAGCUUAAAAAAAUUGUAGCCACAUCAAACCAUAUUAAAACUUUUAAAUUACUAAAAAUAGCACAAAAAAGAUUUUUUUGAUAAUUGGUUACUUUUCGAUUAUCUCGACUACCUGUACAUAUACGAUGGAUUACCAAUGGUUCAACGAGUGUUACAAUUGGGUUACUUCGAAUUACAGGUGGUUGUUUUGGUUAUCUACCUGACAUGGUUUUGCUAACAAAAUAUGGGUUUAUUUUCAAAUAAAAUGUGAUAUUUGAUUGCACUCGGAUAGUAAUAUUUUGGGCUAUGGUACAGAGUCUGAUUUAGAAUUUUUUAGACCCGGGACAAAAAGAUAAAGUUUGCCUAUUUUUAUGAAUUGUAAAUUAAAUUAUAAUUAGUAAAUAUAAUAACCAGUCAAUACUUAAUAUUUAAUAAAACAAUAUUAGAAUGUAGGCACUCUUUUUACAAAAUCUUCAUAAUUAAAACAAAUUUUUUUUAAAAGUAAAUUAAACAGUAGGUAUUCGAAUGUAGAUAUUACAAAAUCUUCAGAAUUUUUAAAAAAAAAUUGUCUAGCAUUUUUUUCUGCAAAUGAAUCAAUAACUUCAUCGAAAUUAAUGCUUGCAGUGAUGUAAUUUUCAAUGAAUUAGAUUCCAAUUAUUUUGUUGUUCAUUAUUAGUAGUAUUUAAUUGCGUAUCGGUUUGAUUAUUAAUCUGAGAUACAAGUUUAUUUUCAUGCAAACUUAUCCUACAAUUUGUGGAUUCUUCAUUUUUUUGUUGUAUCGAUUAAUUCAACAUGGCUGGUAAGAUUUUCUAAACUUGUAUUUUGCGAAUUUACUGUAAAAAUAUCAAAACCAAAUCUUUAAUUUUAUAAAAACUAUAGGUAUGGCAUAUAUGAUUAAUAAUACACGUAUAAUAUCAAAGUUGGUUAUAAAAUAUUUUAAGAUACUUACUUUCUGAAUUUUUAACAGAUAAUGGUGUUUCUGUUUAAGAUGGUUCAGUUAUUGUGAAAACAAAUUUAUUUAAAUUACCAUGUAAUUUUUUAAAUUCUUCCUAUUUUUCUUUUAAUUUUCGCUUAGCUGAGCCACUGUGGUAAUUUUUUAGGUAACAUUUUUAAAAAUGUACUACAACGUACUAAUAAUAAUAAAAUAAAUUACAAAAAUAUAAAAUCGUUUUAUUCGUAUUCGUACAAUGUGCACUGCCACACUGUUUUACGUAUACUGUAAGAUUACAGCAAUAUUUACUGACUUCUGUAUCAAUGUAACACACGUAACACGUUUGUUGUUAUUACAGCUCAGUAUAACGUAUAAUAUAAAGUAUAAUUCCAAAAAAAGUUAUUUUUACCAUUUAGUUGAAUACACCGUAUAGCGUAUGCGGUAUGCACUACAUAACAUCUAUUAAAAUUACGCUCGGUCAAUUUUAUAUACCUUAUGCCUUGUUUACAUGUGAUGAGUACUCGGUCGAGAGAGUCAACUCGGACGAGCACUGUUCCGUAUGAACUAAAGGAACUAGUACUCGGACGAGUAAAAUAAGCGGGCAAGUGAAUAGAAACCGUUUCUAUUCAUGGGCCGACUACCCCCACUACCAAGAUGAAUGGUACUCGGCGUGUCUAAACAGCUACCCGAGUGUCGUGUAACGAGUAGUUCAGUAGUUGUGAAUAUAUAGUUGUGACAUCUUAACCUGUAGUUGUAUUUUUUUCAUCAAAAAUAUUUAUUUAAGUAUGAAUCGUCGUCGUAAAAUAAAACGAUUUUUCAAGGAUUACGUAAAUCAAAUCUCUCCGAUGAUAGAAUUAUUGGAAGAUGAGUUGAAUACAGAAAAGAGGAAGCGGAUUUGGACCAGCAAAUGGAUCUUACUAUCAACUUCACUCCCGGAUUUCUUAGAUUCCUUUAUUUUUUUUAAUUUCCUGAGCAUAUGUGGAACGAAUAUUUUUUAUUUUUGUUUUUACUUCUGGAACACCAAAUCCUUCUAUUGCCAUUUCUGUAACAAUACUUCUAUAAGCCGAUUCACGCUUAUGUUUAUUUUUGUAAGAUGAAGAUUUGAAAUUUCACAAACAAUCAUACGAUUUGUAUCUUCAAUAAAUUUGGUUGUGGUUUUACAAUCCCACUUUGUAGACAUUUUGCUAAAUGCGUUAAUAAAUAAGUAAUAAACAGUAAAAUAAUUUAACAAAUUUAGUCAGAUAUGUAAUGAUAGGUGAUUAGUAUUAACAACAAUGUGUUGAUAACAAGUGUUUACUACUACGUUGCACUCGGCUAGCGGUUUAGACACGCCGAGUAUAGUAAAAUCUUGGUAGUGGGGUAGUCACUCGGCCAAUCAAAUACAAUGAGUAGUACGAUGACUCGGUCAAUUCUGGUACUAGACCGAGCAACAUAACGAGUGACACGACCGAGUACUCGUCACGUGUAAACAAAGCAUUAUCGUUGUGUCUACGAAUAAUAGUCCAUUUAAUACGAAUAUUUCUGAUCUCAUACCCAUACAUUUUGUAUGAAACUGAAAAAAAUAAUUUAUAUUUUUACAAGUAUUUUCGAUUGUGUAAACUUUUUUUGGUAUUCUUCAAUUUUAAGGGUUAAUUCAAAUUAAAAGAAUAAUUAAAUCCAGUAGGUGGGCCCCUGAUCCGCAUGGGCCCUGGACAAAUACCCAUAAUGUCCUUGCGUAAAUAUGGCCCUGGCUAUGGAUGUGUGCGUGUUUAAAAUACGACUCACUAUGCUAAACAUUGAGGUUUAGCAAAACCACAUCGAGUAGACCUCUACACCUUACUUUUAACGACCAUUUCCGCACGAUAUCGACUAGCCGCUUUCACCAUUAGACGCCUCAUGCCCAACCUCAGAAUGUCCUUUUAGUCCAAAGGGGCUUUGCCAUGUCUAUGGUCAACAGUAGGUUGUUGUUACGUGGCUCCUAUGUGGGUUAACAGAGCGAUCAAGUAUGCUACUUGUCGUAAGUCUAACUAUCUAAAAUCAUUGUCUCUGCCGAUGCGGCUCUAUUUCUCGUUGAAACUCCUGAAGAUAUAAUUGCCUUAAAAGGAAGAGGAUUCGAAGAUGAGCGACCCGGAAAGGACUAAGACAGCCAUGGAGAUCCAGAGAGUGAAGCGUGACAUCAUACUUAUUUUGGCUAGAAGGAAAUGUGCAAGCAAUGGCUGCCGUCUGAACACAUGAUUCUGUUGGACCUGAAGAUGAGGUGAUGCGAUGCCCUAAGGACUUCAUCUUCCACGUCAAUCAGGUUCUAUAAUGUCACGGAUUCUUCAGGUUCUACUCGUUUUGCAUGGGGCAGUACUCUGCCAGCACUCAUAGGGCAUGGCUGAGCACACUUUUUGUUUGCUCACACUAACUCGUAGGCAGCCAAAGCGUUCUUUGGUGGCAGGACUAUCACCCCCCAGCGUUGUCCAGGGCCUCUUAUGUGGAAUAUCUGACCUCCCUCAUCGGAUUAAGGAUCGUGACAGACAUGACCAGUUCUUAUUUAAUUUAAUCCAUGGCAUUCAGUCUUUCUCAACAGCAGAAGACCUAAUCUAUAGUAUUCUCUAUCACCGUUCAGGCCGGUGGCAUCUACGCUUUCGUGCUCUGAAGAAGUCACGAAAAGGAAGGGCAGGACGAGUAUUCAGGCUAUCGGGUCCAUAACCCGGGCCAGGAAAACUCAGGGCAAGUACACAAGGAAAAAAGAGGAUAUUGCUCCCCCCCCUUUUGAUUUUCAGUUAUAUAUACUUUUUUCACGCAUAAUGGCAUACCAUUUUACCAUAACAAUAUAAUACAUUUUUAAAAUAAAACGGUUUGCCCGGGUGGGAUUUUAUCCUGUAGGCAACUGCAUGUUAGGUUAGGUAUGGUAGACAUAUGAUUACUUUUACUAAUCAUUGUAUAGUUUUGUUAGUUACAUAUAUAUGUGGGCCUGCCCUGCAGUGGAUUUGUCAACAAUUUUUCUUAAGGAGGGUCAUAUAGAGGUCAUUUAAUUUUUGGUAAGGCCUAAGGAAAUACUAAUUUUAUAACUAUAGAUAAUAUUAGAUACAUGAGUUAUAAAAAAAAAAGGUCCGGAAGACAGGGGGAUAGAUACAUAAAGUUAUUUAAUUUAUAUCUAUAAGUAACAACAAAUCAUUACUAACGAAAUAAAAAGUUGUAUGAUUAUUAUUUGAUCUUCUAUUAAUUGUAAAAAGAACUUACUGUAUUAGCUCAACUUAAUACAACUAAAUGCAACUUAUAAUGAACCUCGUAUUAAAUUUUUAAGCAUUUCUGUUUGGUCAAUAAUUUUAUCUACAUAGUAUCUACCAUAUAAAAACUAAAAAACACUAGAAAAUGUAAAAUGCCUUUAAAUAGCUUUUAAAAAUCGCAAAAAAUUGAAAAUUCACUCCAGAAAAAACUAAGUAUUUUUUGAAAAUGUUAGCUCUAAGAUAAUUUUUAACCGAUCUACAAUAAAAAACCAAAAUUGAAAAUAACGAAAUCAUUAAUAACCUAAACUUUCCCUGUAUUUCCUAAGUUUUUGAAGUGAAACUUUUUUACGCAUGCUGGGAGUAAAAUUUCAAGAUCGGUCAGCCUCGAUCGUCUGUUAACAGGGACGCCCUGUGAUCACAUCAGCUAUUAACACACUCACACAGUCACACACACUAGUGACACAGCGAGUUUUCCAAUAUCCAGUCGUCGAACCCCUCUCUCAGUAUUUACCUUUUUUAUAUCUAUGAAUGCAAUCAUCGACAUAUUCCGGUCAUUUAAAAUUUUGAAUUUUAAUAUGUUAUCAAGGUCAUUCCCCUGUUUACGAAAAUAUAUACAUUACUUAUAUAAAUGCAGAUAAUAACGUAUUCUGAGCAAAUUAAAUGUAUCAGGAUUAAAUACAAGAAUUCAGAUUUUUGAAUUACUUUUUCUCACCACUAACACACACACACACAUAUAUGCAUACAAUGUAAAUAAAAAUGUCACUGCUAUUUCAAUAGUCAAAAGCCCAUUAUAUCUUUUGUGACAAUAGAAUAAAAAAAUUAAUAAUAAAGAUAAUAAAUUAAAUCAAUUUCAAUUGGAUUUUUUUUUAUUCCAAUACAAACCUAAUAUUCUAUCUGUUGAAUGACUGCAAGAAGUUUAUAAUAUUCAUAUCCAAACAGUAUUGUAUGUUAUUCUAUAGGCAUUUAAUUUCAAUUUUUAUCAACACAAUACAAUUUGAUCUAGCUGUUUAAGCAUAAGAAGUUUUAUUUCAAAAUAUAUGCACACAUAGUGCAUACACUGGUUUUUUUCUGGUUAUCCCCAAUUAUUAUUAAAAUUGGUUGGAAUAUCUAUACAGAAGUCCUCACUAACCUACUAAAUUUCAUUAUUUCUUGUUAUACUUUCAUUGGAGCAAGAUUUCUGGUAGGAAAGUUUUUUUUAUAGAUUUGUUAAAACAAAGGUUAAUGCUGAGGAUAUAAAAGUACAUAGCUUAUAUGAGUACAUUUUUUGGGUGUUAAACAAUAAAUAUUUCAUAUAUACCUAUAGAUUCAUGAUUCUAAAAAUAAUAUUAAAAAGUUAUCAAUUAUUAUAUUAAAUUAAACCAAUUUGUCUGUUUUGAUGUAUAUUGAUGUACAUCUAUCAAUAACAUCUUUAAUAUUAAGUUGUUUAGUAUCAAAUUAUUUAAUUUCUGAAAUGCUUAAAUGUGAAAAAUAAUAAUCUAAUAAUUUAACUCUUAAAUCAUUUUUGACUUGUUUUAAACAAGAAAAGGUUCCUUCAAACCUAACUGAGAACACAGGAACUGAGAUUGUAAUUGUACAUAGGCUAUAAUAUAUCUCUGAGAAGGUUAUUUGGUAUUCAUUUAAAAUAUUCCUUUUGCAUAUUUUUUACCAGGUAUGAAGGUAUUUUUAUGAGCAAAGAUUAAUAUUACAUGUACAUAUUAUGUACAAAGGAUUUUAGUUUCAUUGUACAAUUAUUUAUGUGAUGACUCACUUCUCAUAUCACUAUCUUAGUUUAGUUCAUGCAAUAAUUAUAUAGGCCAGUAUAUAUUUUAAAGUAUUUUAAAACAUUAAAAUAUUAAAUAUACAGUGAUAUGGGCAGGCGGGUUAAGGAACUCCCUUAUUGCUGCCUCCCUUAGGAGAGUACAGAAUUCAAAAUAAUUAUUAGCUGUAAUUUUGUAAUGAAUGAUGGCAGCAGUGGAGUAUUGUGAAAAUAGAUCCCAUACUACUGUAAGUUCAAACAUAAUCAUAUAAGACCCCUGUUAUAUAAUAGGGAGCCAAAAGAACUACUCUAACUUAUAUCAGAAAAAACCCCGAUUUAGGGCCUUAAUCAGGUAGUGGAGGUAAUCAAUAUGUACUGAAAAUAGCUAAUAGAAGUAUUCUGUGAAAAAUUCAGAUUUCUACAAUUGUAUUUAACUGAAUAACAAAAAAAAAACAAGAUCGAAAAUAACAAAAAUCAUAUAAGGUACAUGUUUUCUUUUUUUGAUAAUUAUAAACACAAUUUUAAAAUUGACUUCUCUUAAUGUUCCAAAUAAGCAAAAUUUGGUUAACAUCAGCAAUAUCCUAGAAAUUGAUGUUCAUUGCAAAAUUUCUGGUAGAUAAGUUGUUCAGAGAGAAAAAAAAAAUUAUCCAUCUUAGUAAAACUAAUAUAUUACUCAUAGAUACUGAAAAUCUAAAAUUGUGCAAGUGCUCAAUAAUCAAAAAUGAAAUAUAAUACUAUAAGUUAUCGAUAACACUCCUGGCGAAGCCUUUUUUAAUUCAAUGUAUGUAUUAAUUAUUAAUUAAAUGCUUUUAUUAGUUAUAUUAUAAGUACUCUAAUAAAACCUCACACUGAUUCUAUAGAUUUGUCUAAAUGUAGAUUUCUCAAAAGAUAUUACUUACUGCAUUGUUUUCCUCACAGGUAUAAUAAAAAUGAACAUUGUAGGCAAUGCAAAUUCGAGCACAGUUGUGUUAAAUGCAACAGUGGUGGCUGAUUCAUGGUGGGCCACUGUUAGAUGUUAUCUCCCAGAGUCAGUUGAACAGCCGCCAGCAGUCUCUUGGUUAACUCUCGCAAAUCGAGCAUGCACCGGGAAAAUAUUGUACCCCAUUUAGUCCAGAGUAAUUAAAUUUCUAACCCCAAAAUAACAAAAAAAAAAAAGGAUCAGACAAUUCACCAAAGAGGUUCACCAAAAUAUUAUGUAUGUUAUUUUUUGUUUAUUCAUUUAUUUUAUUAAAAUUAUAUUAUAUACAUAGUAUAUAAUAAAGUAGUGCACACUAUUAACUAGUAUGCUCUAUUGAAUUAUAGUGUUCAGAUAAUGAUCAAAAGUUUAAUUAUUUUGUACUAGAAAAUCUUGAAUAUUAUAAUGUAUUUGCAUAAGAAUAAUAUAAACACACUUGUAAACAAAUAUAAUUCAAAUUCAAUUAUUAUUAACAGUCAACUGUUUAUUGGUCGAUAAAAUGUAUUAUUGUAUAUUGUCUUCCAUAUUUUAAUAUAAUUUAUUAUAGAUACAUACUUAUAAACAUAACAUAUUAAAUAAGUUUUAUUUUCAAUAGAUAUUGGCAUUCUUAAAAUGUAUACAUGUUAUAAAUACAAGAGUGCAUUUACAAAUGCUUUAAAAUUAAACAAAUCAAAAAAAAAUACACUAUUUGAUUGGUCUAUCACAAUAUUCUAUACUUAAAUUCAGUAUAAUAUAAAUGGAAUGUAUAAAUAAUAACAAAUAACAUAUCUACAAUAUAAUAUUAAACUUAAACGUUUAGUGUUCAUUUCAUAACAUUGUAGUAAUAAUAAAUAAUAAUUGGUAAUAAGAAUAAUAAGAAUAAGAAUAACAAAUAACAUGGACAAAACAUAGAUAUUGAGCAUAUAUAGGCUAUAAAGUAAUGUUUAUUAUACUAAAUUAAAAUAAGUGAUACAGCAGCAAUCAUAAUUCUUUUUGAUAAAUAGUACAUUAGGGACUAUGCAAAAUGAAAAAAGAAACAAUAAAAAGAUCACAAUGCAUUUUUUUUCUUAGUAAUAAACAAAAGUUAAAAAAGUAAAAAAAUAAUAACAAACAUCAAGAAAUUACUAAUGAUGAAUUAUUCAAAAUACUUGUGUGGUUCAGAAAUUAUAGUUUUUAAAACUUCUGAAGCAAUUGAAUUAUGAAAUUUGAUACAUUUAUUGAGAGUAAAAUACGAUUUUGAUCAAGAUUACUUGAUUUAUAAAUUCUAACAACAAACUUGUUAAAGUUAUAAUAUUCAAUUGAAAUAUAUUUUUUUUUUUGUGGAAUAUGUCUACAUACCAUAACAUAAAUUAAAUUUAAGAAUCUAAUAAUAAUUAUCAAAUAAGAGUUAACAAUAUUAUAAAAUUACUAUAACAAUAAAUUUAAAAUAAAAUAUAUGAAACAUAAUUAAUUUACAUUGUUAACUUUUAGUUAAAAUAUACAGUGUGUUUGUUAAUUUGGUCAUCAAAAAUAGUGUAGAAAAUACAUUAUUCUAUGCCACCAUUUUACAAACACACAUGUGACCAUAUAAUAAUUUAAAUGAGUUUGGUAAAAUAAAUCAUUGAAAUCAGUCCAUAUAAAAUAAAGAUGAUUAUAAUUCACAACUGCAUGGGCCUUUGUGUAUAAAGUCUAAAGAUGCUUAUUAAAACUAGUGACUAAUAUUAAUUAAUUGCAUUCACAAAGUAGCACAGCCAUGGAAAUUUUAAAAGUAACAUAGUGAUUAAUAAUAUUUAUUCGUUACAAGAUAAAUAGCCUUCGACCAGUCGAUGACAAAUAUUAUUAUACUCAGUUGAAUCCCCAGAUAGUCGAUGAAUUUUCAAAUAUGAAUUGGUACCAGUGUCAUUUGAACACACUUCUAGUUCAAUCUGCAAACCUGUAGGAAAUUGCAAGACGUUCUGCCUAUCAUCUGAAGGCCAUGCACAAAUAUUGGAUGAUAUCAAACACUUGACAAUGUCAAGUAUAUUACCAGAUGUAAAAUUGGAAUAGAAAUCUGAUAAAUCCACAACAAAUGCAUCACUAGCAGUUCUUUUUAAUAUAUAAUCAGAAAAAAGUGGUGCUUUUGUUAAAUAUGUUGAAGACUCUAAAUCUGUUAUUUUAGUACUUUUGUCUGUUCUUAUAUGAUCGAUUUCAUCAAAAUGUUCAUGCAUAGCUGACAGGGAUUCAGUAUUAUAAUAUGGUUUCUUUAGAAAAGUUAUUGUGUCUGUUGAAACAAUAUGAUUUGUUUGUAAAGUGUCUACUUCCAUCAUACCACCUUCCUCAUUUGUUACCGUAAAUGAUAUUUCUGGACUUGAAAGUAUUUUUUUUUCACAAAUUCCUAAA